AAAUACGACCCUGUGAUUUAUGAUUUCAUGUUCACCAGCUGGCAACACUGGAUCUACUUCUACCAAAUUCUACUCUACUGUCUGUGGCUCUGUGCUGGGCUGCGGCUGGAUCGCUGGGGUGAUUGAAAACACGAUGGCUGCUGGAUGUUGUGGUACAAAAAAGCAAAAACUAAAUAACUCAUCAAGUGUUCCAUCAUGUAAUGGUUCGUCAUUCGUACCUAACGGAAUGAGCAACGGCUUAGGCAUGGUGGCUAUGCCAGAGAUGUGUUUCUUUUGUUUCGACGUCCUAUAUUGUCAUCUGUAUAACCUUGCCCCUCCGAAAAUUCCAUCAUUCAGUAACGAUGCAUAUCCCUUGUUUGUGACAUGGAAAAUAGGCAGGGACAAAAGACUUAGGGGUUGUAUAGGUACAUUCAAUGCCAUGAACUUGCAGUCAGGGUUGCGUGAGUAUGCAAUCACAAGUGCUUUCAAGGACUCCAGGUUCAGCCCCAUUGUUCGAGAUGAGUUUCCAAAGCUGAGUGUUUCAGUGUCCAUAUUGAGACAUUUUGAGGAUGGUGAUGACUAUAUGGAUUGGACUGUAGGAGUACAUGGAAUAAGGAUUGAAUUCAUAAAUGAAAAGGGAAACAAGAGAACAGCUACCUAUUUACCAGAAAUUGCUUCUGAACAAGGUUGGGACCAGCUGCAAACGAUCGAUUCCCUCCUACGUAAAGGCGGCUACAAAUCGGUGAUAUCGAGCGAAGUGCGCCGAACCAUAAAACUGACACGUUAUCAAAGUGAAAAAAUAACAGUGACCUAUCAGGAGUACAUGAACCAUUGGAACAACCAGCGGUGCUAGCAAAUGGCGUGGGGGCGGCCCGGCUUGCUGCCCCCACAGUACGUCAUGGUGCAGCCGCCCGCCGACCUGCCCCUGCCGGUGUGGUGGGCGGAAGGCUGCCCGCCGCCAUCUUAUCGACGGGACUUUGCGCCGCCAUCUUAUCGACGGGACUUCGCGCC